AUGUUCAAUCAGAAACUCAUGAGCCGUAAAGGGUACAACUUGCGUGAAAGAGCUAGCGCUGCGUCGGAUGCUGGAUCUGCUGCAUUGCAUGGCAGGAGAAUUACAAGAAGUCUUCGCUCUUCGGUAGCUGGACAGGGAAACCAGGUUGACGAAAUGCAUAGCGAUGUCACUGGUCGUAAUCGUCGAGUAGUGCGUGCCGAACGAGCAUCACCUUUGCCUGAUGUCGAAUGGGAGAGCGAUGCCAUGUUCCGUGGUGUGGCACAAAAUCGAAAUCGUCUACAGGCGACCGCUACUCCACCGAUAGAUUUCUCCCUCGAAUUCAGCACUGUCCAUCAGACCGCCAUCGCAACCAACCGCUGGCUCAUAAUAGCAUUUGUUCGUGAGAGGCUUGAAGUGAUGCCUCCGAGUCUUCCAUUGUUGCGUAAUCCAACUUUUCAACGAACCUUAGCACGCCACAGUUACGUUACUGAGCUCAACGCCAAUAAGCUAGAAGGCCUGCGCAUGGCUAACAAUUAUGACGUUGAAGAAUUCCCUUCAAUGGUUGUUCUUGACCCACGCGAUUUGUCGGAGGUUUAUAGAUUCGAUAGAGGAAUAUUGGCAAACAUAGAUGUAUUCUUCAAUGAACUUAACCAUUUCUUCACUGCCUAUCCCACCUACGAAACGAGGGAUGAUGCCGUUCGCGCCAGAGCUAGAAGAGAUUCCAACCAUUCGCCUCGUGAUGCGGCCGGGCUAAGCAGCUUUGCACGUAAACGCCAGAGUACCGCUUUCCUGAAUCGCUCACCUAAGAGGGGCAAGCGUGAUGACAAAGAUGAAACUCUUCUUGCAAAUGAGGCGGGCGCCAUGAGCAUGGUGGAUAAAGAUGAUUGGAAAAAUAUGAUAGCGCCAAACGGUGUUCCAUGUGUUCUACGUCUUCGUUUUCCCAACGACCUUGGGAGCCGUACUGAAACAAUUGAAGUCAAUCUUAAUACGAAAUUGGCUGCUGUCUUUGCGUUUAUUCACGCUCAAGGUUUUUCUCCUUCGCGCCACAUGUUUGUGUUGUCGUUUCCGCGUCGUCAGCUCACGAUCAAGCAUAAAAACAGGACGCUCGAAGAACUUGGUUUUACUAAGUCGGAGAUGAUCCAUGUCGAAGAAAUUUUUGCCGACGGCGCCGCGGAAAGCGCACCUUUCAAAGGCCCUAAUGCCUAA